UUUCAUUUAUUUAUUUUGACAUUCAUUGACGUUUUAAUUUUCGUUCAGUAUGUUUUUGUUUUAUUUUAAUACGUGGUUGAUUUUAUUUAUUUGAACGUUUUCAUGAGUUUAGAAUUUUCAUUUAGUCGUUUUUCUUUAAUGUGCAAUAAUUUACAUCCGUCGGGCGAUCAUGACAAUGGCAUCGAAACACUUCUGCCUGAAAUGGACCAAAUUCCAAUCGAACAUUUUGAGCGCCUUCGAAAGCCUCCAGAACACCGAAGACCUGGCAGACGUCACGCUAACCUGCGAGGGCAUUAACAUAAAAGCCCACAAGUUCAUCCUAUCGGCCUGCAGCCCCUAUUUCAGAACCAUAUUCAAGGAGAACCCCUGUCCCCACCCGAUAGUCAUCCUCAAAGACGUCGCCCACGCCGACCUGAUGGCCCUCAUCAAUUUCAUGUACCACGGCGAAGUCACCGUCUCCGAGGACCAGCUAUCGUCCUUCCUGAACACCGCGAUGAUCCUGCAGGUGCUCGGCCUGAUGAACGACGACCAUCCCGACAGGAAGCAGCAGCUAUCGAAGAAACCGAAGCACCCGCCCGACGUCCCGGAGCCCCUGCAGAAGAAGGCCAAACUCUCGCCGGCGAAGCCGAAGAAAACGGCCCCUCCGUCAGCCGAAGAAUCCAACGGGAAAAGCUCCUCCUCUCCAGCCCACUUCGAGGUCGUCGAAGUGGACCGAAUUAAGACUGAAGAAGAGACGGCGAGCAACGCGGAGUACGAUAUUAGUGAGAACGUAGAGGUUGUAGUCGAGGAUAAAAUCGAACAAAGUUCUAUAUUGGAGGCUGCGCUUGAAGUGCGCGAUAAACCGAGCAGUAUUUUAGAGAGGUCGUUAACAGCUCAAGCAGGAAAAUCGCCAUCUUCUUACGUGCACCACAGUGAUAAAAGCGUGGAAGUCCCGAAGACGGUUUAUAUAUUGCGCAAACCGCCGGAGACGGAUCUGGAUAAGUUAAGUUCGAGGAUGGAAUCGACAAAUCAGGCCGGUUUGGAAUUUCCCUCGGAGUUUAUGCAGCAACGUAUCAAGACGGAAGAGCCCUACGAAACCAUGUCUUUGGAGGAGAUAAAGGAGGCGAAUUUCAGGAAUAUGAAUGUGGAAGUACAGCCGGCCCAUCAUAGUUCGCAGUGCGGAAAUUGUCCUCAUUGCGGAAAAGUGUAUUCCAAUCAAUCGGCUCUCAAGUAUCACGUUAGGUUGAUACAUUCGGAUCUAACGAAUAUGUAUUGCUGCCAUCUUUGUCCGGAGGCGUUCGAUUACAGAGAGGGAUACAAAAAGCACAUGGCCGAUGUGCAUUUAAUCAGAAAUUAGUUUUUAUUUAUUUAUCUUUUGAAAUAUUGUUUUUUUUUAUGUUAUCUUAUUUAAUACAACUUGGUUUUUGAUA